CCUGAUCCAUUCUUCGUAAAAGCACCGUUUAACCCAGAGGGGUUCUCUUCUGGGGACAAUAUGAAAAUGAUGCCAAAAUUAAAAACAUACUCGGGACAGUGGGAAGAGAUAUUAAGAGAGCGUGAGCAACGAUAUGCUCAUGGAAUUGACGAAGAGCAGCUUCUCGCACUACAAGAACGUACUCCACCACAUGGGAACUUGUCAGCUGCUGGAAUUAUGAGAGUACAACGAGACGCUGCUGCUAAGCGUGGAGUUCCGAUGCGGCCGGAUUAUGGUGUUCUGAAACAACGUCUGAGGGAAAUCUACCCCGUCUACGAAACGCAUUGACCGACGAUUUCUUCCAAAUCCAUUUGCAACACCGCCACGGAUGCC